AUGCGGACUAUCUGGAGUACUCUCCUGCUGCCCUCCCUCCUCAGUGGAGUUCAAGGAGCGGCAGUAAAGGUGCCUCGCAGUGAAUAUUCAUCGAAGAUAGAAGUGAUUCGCAAUCCUAACUACCCGCUUGAUGCCGUCGAUAAGCUAGAAGAGGCUACCAUGCCUAAGGUUGAAGCAUGGCUAGCUAAGAAGAUCGCAGCGGAGACGAACAACAACUGUACGCUAGAAAACGCGAUCGUACGGAGGGAAUGGAGCGACCUUCCCGAGGAAUCAAGACAGGAAUAUGUCGCCGCCGUCAAGUGCUUGAUGAAAUUGCCUCCUACAGUGGACAAGGAGAGGUUCCCUGGAGCCUUAAGUCGAUACGAUGAUUUCGUCGCGUAUCAUAUGACACACGCCAUGCAGCUUCACGACAACCUGCACCUGUUUGGCGCACACAAGUACUAUGUCUGGCUCUUUGAGAAAGCGCUUCGCGAGGAAUGUAACUAUACCGGUUACCAGCCUUACAUGAACUAUGACCGCUACUCGGAAGACCCGCUCAAUUCUCCCUUACUCAAUGGUAACGCAUCUAGUUUAGGAGGCAACGGUGUUCUAGAGCCUACGUACAAGGGCAUUUCGCAGCCCGGACGUACCCCCAACAUCAUCAAGUCGGGAGGUGGCGGAGGCUGUGUCACUGAAGGGCCUUUCUCAGACAUGGUCGUUAGCCUUGGCCCUACCUCGAUGACAACAGCCACCGGUAUUGCCAAGAACCCAAGAGCCGACGGCACCGGCUCGAACCCGCGCUGCCUGCGCCGCGAUGUGAACCGCAAUGCGGCCAUGGGAGCCAAAGCCGACCGUGCUUUCCAUCUAAUCAAUGAAAACAAGGAAAUGGAUGGCUUCUAUAACGAGCUUCUAGGAACCCCACCACCGAAGAACGACCCCUAUCCCUGGGGUAUUCACACGGCUGGCCACUAUAUCGCUGCUGUGGACCCGGGUGGUGAUCCCUUCACCUCGCCCGGUGACCCGCUCUUCUACUUCCACCACACCGCACUCGACCGUCUAUGGUGGAUCUGGCAGAUGCAGGACCCGGAGAAGCGUCUCAACGCUGUCCCGUCUGGAAACAUGUCCAUGCCGAUGCGCAAGAACCGACGAGCGGACGACCCUAUGGAGACUGUGGUUGAUAUGGAAUGGCUUGGGCCCCCUAUUAAGCUUGGAGAGACGCAUGACCAACUCGGCGGAUAUGAUGGUGCUUUCUGCUAUGUCUAUGUUUAG